CUGAAAGUGUGAGCUUUUCGGUCGAAGCUGUCAUGUUCAGUAGCGGUACUCAACUUCCGGAAUAUUGCGCGGCCUCGAGGCUCAUCUUGCGCUUCUAGGAGCUGUGAUGUUUGAAGGUUCGACAUUGCUGUUUUUAAAUGAUUGAAGACGACUUUAAGGAGUUCCAUGCAAGCGCGCUGUGAGCACUUCAGGUGAUCCUUGCAACGGCAUGGCGGGUAGGUGGCGCCACCUGCAUCCGGGUCCGCUUCCACUCCGGCAUCGCUAGCGGCCCGGACCCGGCAUGUUCCGUACCAGGGACAGCACCUCUGCUAUGAUCAUCUUCAGCGACUCCAACGAUGACAUGGGAAUCGUGUUCACGCUGGAGGGUCUCACCCAAGCGGGCAUCAUCUUCAUCAUCGCCAUCGCCAUCAUUGUCACCAACAUACUCAUCAUUGCAACCUUCCUCAAUUUCAGAGGCCCAUCGGAGGUGAUCAACUGCUACUUGCUGUCUUUGGCCGUAGCGGACCUGCUGUGUGGUCUCCUCGUGGUCCCACUCUCCGUGUACCCAGCCGUAGUGCGCGAGUGGGUCUACGGCGACAUCGUCUGUCGCCUCGUGGGCUACCUGGAGGUGACCCUGUGGGCCGUGACUGUGUACACGUUCAUGUGGAUAAGCGUGGACCGCUACUUGGCCGUUCGCAAGCCCCUCCGUUACGAGACUCUCCAAACCAAGACUCGGUGCCAGUGCUGGAUGGCAUUCACGUGGAUCUCGGCGGCUAUGCUGUGCUGUCCCCCGCUGUUGGGCUUUAACCAGCCCGUCUUCGACAAGGACGCUUACAUCUGCAUGCUGGACUGGGGCAGCAUGGCGGCGUACUCCGUCACGCUGUCCAUCCUGGUGCUGGGGCCCAGCCUCAUCACCAUUGUGUACACCUACACAUACAUCUUCAACAUGCUGAGGAAGCUGAGGAGCGGACACCCCUUCCACGACAAGGAGUACGCCACGGCGCUGUCGGAGAACCUGUCCAACCCCAGCCACAUAAUGUCGUUCUCGUUGGUGGUGGCGUUCUGGGUGUCUUGGACUCCCUACAUCGGGGUCAAGCUGUACGAGUACUUCACCGGUGUUAAGUUACAAGUGCAAUUUUUACAUUUUGGGAUCGUCUGGUUGGGGUUCCUGAAUUCGUUUUGGAAGUCGAUGAUUCUGAUCACGAUGAGUCCGCAGUUCCGACUGGCGUUGAGGAUCUUCUGCAUGACGAUCUGCUGCAGAUACAAGGGCCGAAUGCAGGCCGAGCUAAUAGGGAUGGAAGCAGAUGACUGACUACUCUUUCCCGCCACCGGAUGUUUUCCGGGAUUCCCCAUCACAGGACUCGCGAUGCGAGACUACGAGUACCUGGUUGCUAAAAUCAGGAGGUACUGGUGGCACUACUCGAGACGCAAUCAAUUUUACAACCAGUGAUUCGGGACUUGAUCUAUGUGGCUGUAGAUACAUUGUACAGAUUUCAAGUGUUUUGUAUUUUAACAUUAACAGUCAAUUAAUAUUACUUGUAGGUUUUAAUCUCCGUGAGGAACUUGUAGCGAUAAAUGCAGCUUAUUUGGGAAGCUCAUAACGAUUUUACAAUCCCCGUGUAUUGGCUGCUUAUGUGUAAUCAAAAAUGAGGCUUAACACCAACUUUUAACGACCGUUGUUCAAACUUUAUCGAGAUGCAGACCCAAAAAAUGUUGGAAAAAGAUAGAUUAUCGCGCGGCACGUUCAAAAACAGGGUAACCAGCUGCAAUUACUAAAUCAAUGAAACACUUUAGGUCUGCAUCUGCUUGAUCCGCAAACACAAUCAAAUUUUUUCAUUACUAGAAAUGCAACGAAGCAAAACACAAAAUUAUACACCGAUUAUAAAUUGGACGUGAUGAUUUUAAUGUAGUUGUUAAGGAUGAGCUUAAAAUUAAGCAAUCAAAACGUAUUGCUAGAUCACACAUAAUAAGUUGCCUUGGAUUUUGUACUGAUCAUCCCUUUAAAAAAAGAUUUUACGUCAAUACUAUGUUAGGUCUAAUGUUUCUCAGGCUAAAUAGACUUCAUGUUUUUAGAGCACAGUUUCUAAUACUACCGAACUGUUGAGAUAUUUAUUAUGUACAAUUGUUAGAAUGUUAGACUUCUCAUUAGACAUAUAAACAUUCUAAUCAAUGUAACAUUUAUUGGACAAAAAUAGAAUAGGUUGUGUAUUUUAAUAGUUUUAAAGCUGAAAUCUCUCUCUCAGACGCUUUAUGUAGAUUGAUCGAUUUAAUUAAAUACCUAUCAUUUUUUGCUGUCAUUUGUAACAAGAUAAUUAUUUCCCCGGAUUCGCAAUUUUAACCGUACCGUAGAUUUUGCUCAAGUACAUAAUAAUAUCUGACACACAACUGUUGCAUUAGGCAUUAGGCGAAGCGUAAAAACAAUCAACUAGUGUGUCCUUUAAAAAAAACUACUAUCAAACAAGUGAUAUUGUCACAACACUUAAAAAUUACGUUGUGUUUUUACGUGUCUAUAGCCGAUUUCUGUUAAUCACACAGAAUCUCAAAAAAUUCAUAUAAAAUUUAAUAAGUUCUUUCUGUGUGUCGCAAGAUCGGGGCGUAGUAACAAAACGGGAAUGUUCUAGUGUACGAUAUCAUCUUUGCAAUUUCUGUGCGUGGCUUUUGUCUAAUUUCGAUGUCUACGAAAUCUCAUCAUUCUGCGAAUGCUUAUCAACGUUUAGGUUAGUGUUGUUAUAGCCGUGCAUUGCAUUAUUCUAUUAUUAGUGAUGUAUCCAGUCGGGUAUUCCCUGCUGAAUCCAUGGUGCAGGCGGCGCAUGUUUCCAUAUGGCCUACUCAUCAAGUUGGCGCGCACUUGCUGAAGCAAGUCGCUUGCUUUUGUACAGAGCUACUACAUCUUGUCGGUAAUCAGUAUCCAUGUGUUAUGAUAUAUACGAUUUGUUGUUAAUUUUUAAUUCGAUUAGCUGUUGUCCAGACAAAUAUCGAGACAUCAAUAAACGUUGUUUAUAUAUUCUGUAUAUAUCUACUAAGGGAACGGAGGCGAUCAAAUCCCGCUGAUUUUCCCUUGUGGUGGUCAUCUGGUUUUAAGACAAAUCGGAAUCGAGCGCCACUUGCACAUAAAACAUAAGAAGCACAAGAAAAUCAAGAUGGUCACCACAUUGGAGUAAUUUUGCGAGAUUUGAUACCAAGUAUCAACAGUCCAGUCAAAUAAACAAGAUCGUGAAAGAAAAAUCAAAUAAUAAAUUAUUAUAGAAAUUAUUGUUGAGAGCGUUAAUUUGCCUGGAUUGUAAAAUGUAAAUUAAGGGUGCACAUAAAGGUAUCUGCUUUAUUUUAUGCAGUAUGCAGUAUUAAAUUGUCCUUUUUGUCCAUAAAUCACUCAGUGGUAUCGAGAUCACUGCUAUUGGGCUUUCGGGCUCAAAAAAGUGGAUUGUUGCAACCUUCGUCCACAUUCCAGAGGGAGGCAUUCGUACAAGAAGACUGACGUAGCGUAAUUGUUUUAACUUGAAUAGUCCUGCAUAAAAUAAAGCUAUUUUCUAACAAUGAAUAUGGCCAAUUAUAUACUUUUAGAUAUAAUUCUUUUCACGAUAUAAGUGUGCUUUAUAAUAAAAACUAAUUACUAGUAGUUACGUGAAGGUUAUCUAGUAGUUAACUAAGAAAAGAAAUUACGAUAUGUUACAGAAGGAGUGAGUUUUUAAGUAUAAAUAAAAAUGUAAAAUAUUUGUUACGCUCACAACAGUCUAAUUUUGUACGUAGUCCGCUAGUUUUAUACCAUAGUUUUGUAAUGUAAAUGUAAGUAUUGACUUAUUAAAAGGUGUUCACAUGUUGUGUAAUAGCUUAAAUUUAAAUAUUUUAAAAUAAAAAUUGUUUUGAA